CACUCGGAACUGAUUAAGAUCUCGGACAAUAUCGGUUGUUUCUCCACACUUUCUUUUUCUUUUAUUUUUCUUCAGAGUAGAUAAAACGGACAAGCAACAACCAAAAUUUGCGGAAAGUGUCCGAUUGAAAACCGCUUCGAAAAUCACGCGGGUUUUCCGCCUAAAUUAAAAAAUACGGCGAAAGAAACGAGGCGAAAGUGCAUGUGGUUAUGUGAGGAUCAAAAAAGAAGACAAACAGGGCAAAAGAAAUAUUAAUCUAAUCGCGAUGACCAACAGCAUGAAGCAAACGGUUAUUAAAAAUCCGACAUGGUGGAAGAGACGAUCCGGUUUGGAACGCGGGUUAACGGUAAUAGCGGUUUCCGGAUUUCUCGUGUGUGUCGCUUUGGCUGUAGCACUCGGAGUUUUAGCAGGCAAAACGACAUGCAACACUACAUUGAGCACAAAGCCUGUUAACGCAGAGAUGCUACCGUUCACAGCCGAAGGGUUGAACGGCUCGGAGCAGAAAAUUCCCGUCGCAAAAGAGUCUUCAGAGUGCAACAACAUAUGUUUAACAUCCGGAUGCAUUCACACAGCUUCGAAGGUACUAAAAACCAUGAACCGCAACGUGGAGCCUUGUGAUGACUUUUACAAAUUCGCUUGCGGCGGUUUCCUCGACACCACUAUCAUUCCCGAUGACAAAACCAGCGUGAAUACGUUCUCUAUUAUUGUCGACGCACUCUUGGAACAAUUGCGGAUCAGCAUCGAGGAAGAAAGUCCUCCAAACGAGCCAAGGCCGUUCAAGCUUGCCAAAGACUUCUACAAGGCUUGCAUGAAUACAACUGCUAUCGAAAAGCGGGGUCUGCAACCACUACUAGAUAAUCUUAGGAAAUCCGGCGGCUGGCCAGUUCUGGACGGCGAGAAAUGGAACGAAGGUGACUUUACUUGGAAAGAUUCUGUUUACAGAUUCCGCAGACUGGGCUACUCAGUCGAUUACUUUAUCGAUUUUGGAGUCAGUGUCGAUUUGAAGAACAACUCGAGGCGCUUGAUCGACCUCGAUCAAGCAUCUCUCGGUCUCUCGCGCGAAUAUCUAUCUAAAGGCUUUGACGAUGAAAUCGUUCAGGCAUAUUACGCUUAUAUGGUGGACAUCGCUAUAAUUCUCGGAGCCGAUCCUGACCGAGCCCGUAAAGAAUUGCGGGAAUCACUCGAAUUUGAAAUUAAGCUCGCAAACAUCUCUCUGCCCAACGAGAAACGACGCAACGUAACUCUUCUUUACAAUCCUAUGACCGUGAACGAGCUAUCUACGACUUACUCUAGCAUACCGUGGUCGGAAUACUUCAAUACCAUUCUUGCGCCGCACGCACAGCUUGGUCAAGACGAGAUAGUUAUCGUAAACGUGCCUAGCUACCUAAAGGACUUCGAAAAAUUGAUCAGCAGCACGCCCAAAAGAGUACAGGCGAAUUAUGUGCUAGGCAGGACGGCUGCUGCGUCAGUUAGCUAUCUCACUGACGAUAUUCGGAAGAGACAGCUCAAGUACAUGGCGGUAAUAAAUGGUAAAAUGGAAAGAGAACCGAGAUGGAAGGAAUGCGUGGAUAUUGUUUCCAGUAGCUUGGCAAUCAGCGUCGGUUCGAUGUACGUAAGGAAGUAUUUCAAGGAGGACGCGAAGAAGACCGCGCUGGAAAUGGUUGGCGACAUAAAAGAAGAGUUCAUAAAGAUACUAAAAAAGGUGGAAUGGAUGGAUGAUAAGACUAGAGCGAAUGCUUUAGAAAAAGCAGCAGAUAUGACGUCGCAUAUUGCGUAUCCAGACGAGCUUCUUGACGACAAAAAGCUUGACGAAUUUUAUGAGCAUCUUGAAUUGAGUUCGGAUGACUAUUUAGGAAGUGUCCUGAACUUGACUAUCUUCGGAAUGAACUUCUCGUUCAGCAGACUGAGAAAACCGGUGAACAAAACCGAGUGGAUAACUCACGGCCGGCCGGCCGUCGUUAAUGCAUUUUAUUCAUCAAUCGAGAACAGUAUUCAAUUCCCCGCGGGUAUCUUGCAAGGAACAUUCUUCAGCAACGACCGACCACGUUAUAUGAACUACGGCGCUAUCGGUCUCGUCAUUGGCCACGAGAUUACUCACGGCUUCGAUGACCAAGGCAGGCAGUUCAAUAAGGAAGGUAAUCUAGUCGACUGGUGGGAACCAGAAACAAAGGAGCAGUAUCUUAAGAGGGCCGAAUGCAUAAUUUACCAAUAUGGAAACUAUACCGUUGAAGAUGUUGGGAUGAACUUAAACGGCAUAAAUACUCAAGGUGAGAAUAUUGCUGACAACGGAGGCGUAAAAGAAGCCUAUUACGCGUACAAGGAAUGGGUCAAACGAAACCAACCGGAACAGAGAUUGCCGGGUCUGCUGUAUAGUCCGGAGCAGAUGUUCUGGAUAAGCGCUGCCAACACUUGGUGCACCAAGUAUCGGCCGGAAGUAAUGAAGCUGCGCAUCACAACGGGAUUCCACAGCCCGGGCGAAUUCCGUGUCCGAGGACCGUUCUCGAAUAUGGAGGAAUUUUCGCGCGACUUUAAUUGCCCGGUCGGAUCUAAGAUGAAUCCCGAGAAGAAAUGUGCCGUUUGGUAAACAAAUGUCGGCGAACGACAUCCACUGUUCGGUCACUUUUUAAUCUCAGAAGAGUUACGGUUUCCUUCAUCUUUGUCGAAACCACUGUGGUUUAAAAAAAAUAACAUACGCGUUCGGAGUGUUUGUCGCGAUCUUUCUUGUUUUUUAUGAACGACAAAAGAACAACGAUUAUUAUAAUUCUCAAAUAUAAAACUGUUUUUUUGUUAUUUUAUAUUGUUAAAAAUAAAUUACAUUUUUUAUUUUUUUCUGCGAGAUUUUCGCAGUUACGAAUGUUUUUUAGGACUAAAUUUCACAAGAAGGAGUACUUGACCUAACGUCUGCAGGAUAUAGAAGAAACCAAUUUUUUUUUGUUUCAUAAUUUUGCGCCCACAGAUACAAACAAUGACAUUGUCGCAGUAAAGAGAAUUUUAUCAUCAAUACUUGUGAUGGAAAGCAAGAACUGAAAUUUCGUAAUACAUAAUACAAGAGAUGCAAAAACUCCAAGUAGGAAAUUCUCUAAUGUAGAAAUUCAUAGAGAUCGUUUGAUCUACGUAUAUACAUAUAUAUAUUUGUAUGUAUAUAUUUGUAUAUUUGUAUGGUAGGUAUGUAUUGUGUUCUUAGUGAAUACUUUUUAUAAGAAGAUAUAUAUACAUACACACAUAUAUAUACAUAUAUAUGCAUACAUAUACAAAUACACACACACACACACA